GGCACCAUCAUCACGUGAAGAGUCGCGCCACGGGAGCAGGGAACUAGAAGCUCGACCAAAACAAUGAAUCGAAACUCCACCAAGCUCAACAACUUGCCAGCUUCGCCCAACCACGACAACAACGAUCCACGACUUCGCAACUAAUGCUAUAGCUCCAGAUUUACACGAAAUGCUUUUAUGAUCACGAACACGAAAUUCUCUGGUCGACCGUGUUGAUUCCCACGCCCUCGACGCGCAUUGUUUUGAUUCGAGAUCAUGGCCGCCAUUCGACCAAAUCCGCGACUGCAGGUCGGUUCAGCACCAUGGGUAGCUGAAGAGCGAUCAUCUGCGCUUCAGAUCGCAGAGGCGGAGACGGAGGAGUUCACGUUCUCCGCGAGAAAUGAGGUGGACUGGUUGAAUGAGCAUAUGGCGGAGAUCUUCAGCAAGAACCAGGUUAACGUGGCAGAAAUAUUCAAGACACCUGGAAAAUUAAGAGGGAAGACUCCAAGAACUGUGCGGAAGGGCAAUCCUCUUGAAGCGCGUGCACCAUUGACCGAUGUUUUCUCUGCCACGCCCCAAGCACGAGCGAGUCCAUUUAAACAAAUACACUUCGAACGACCAGUCUCUACAUUCCGAGUUGCUGAAGAUGAUCCUAUGGAUCAGGACGAGCAGGUUCUUCCAAGCACGUCCAAGGCACAACAUAAAUCACCCCAUAAACCUAUUCAUAACACCUUCGACUCGGGCUAUCAUGGCAGUCAAGCAGAUGACGCGACCCAGCCUACCCAGCCAAACGAUCCAUUUUUCGUCCAUCAGACACCUCGAGUCUCCCCCGCGAAACCUGCUCCUCCACCUUCACCUGUUGCAUCCCCAGAGUAUCCAGAAUCAGAUUCCGAUUCUGAUGAGAAUGUUGUGAUUCUGGGUCGUGAUACUGAAGAGCCUGAAGAACGCCGCACUACUGAAGGAUCAUUCCAGUCUGCCAGGGAAGAGCAGACGCGUAACGCGACAGAAGCGGUCGAGGCAGAGGUCGAGAAAGUAGUUGAGGAGGAGAAACAUGUCCAUCAAGAAUCUGAGCAACCCUCAUACCCUGUCCUCGAGUCACCAAUAGAAUUGCGACACCAGGGACCUGUAUCACCUGCGAAGAGGUCGCCUCCGAAGUCUUCCCCGCUUAGACAACUGCCAGCCAAAUUAUCGCCAACAAAAAAUGUACAGCUUGUGGCCGAGGAGGCUGAAGAAGAAGUGCUGGAGGAGGAUGUGCAAAUGGAUGACGCACAUUCACCAAGCGUUCACUCGCCGUCAGAUGGAUCCAGUCCCCUAAGACCAAUUGUUCGGAAAAGCAGUCUCAAUUUCGCCUCCUUGCCGGCUCGGGAACCAUUAACAACCAAGAAGAGUAUCGGAAACCGUGUUUCGCGUACUAGCCAUUUGGAACAAUCAAGAACCAGCUACUAUGGCAGGCAAACAGGUGGGAAGAGCUUGGGCAAUGCCAGACGCGAUGACGAAGACGGUGAUGAUGAGAUGGAUGUGGACGAGCCAACCAAGGAUGAUACCGAUACCAAGAUGUCACGUCUACACAACAAAACUUCAACUCAGAGACUGCAAGACCAAAUCAGCAAGCUUGGGCAGUCCCAGUCCAAUGUUCGGCCAUCAAAAUCCUUUGCCAGCAGCAGUAUGGCACAAUCACAGGCCACCCAAGUCAUGCAAGGUCCAACAGUCCAGGACUCAAGGCAAAAAUCACCAGAGCGCCAAAAGUCGCCAGAACGGAAAUCUCGUCUCCCUGGAGCAUUCCCCGACGAUGAAGAUGAUAGCUGGAUUGGGCCUCCUCCACAAGCUGCAGCUGAGCCCUCGAUUCUCAGCCCCAGGCCUCCCAUCACCAAAAGCCAUACAACAGAUGUGAUGGAGCAGAUCCAUUCAAAAGACAGUGUCGGUGGAGAACAGUUCAGCAUCCCCAAACGAGGCAACCAGCAACGGAACCCAUCGCCCAUUCGAGAACCUAUCAUUCCAGAACGAACCACGAGUACACUUGGUCACAUGAAGUCAGUUUCAACUUCUGUCUUGCGAUCACCGAGGAAGGCGGGAGACUCUCCUGGUCUGAAAAAGACAAUUUCGGUCUCAAAUCCUACACCAUCUAUCCAUACAAUUGAUGAAGGCCGAACGACACCACCCCCGAAAUCACCUUCACGAAGCUACAAGGGCAGUCCCUUGAAGGCUGCUAAGGACAAAUUCUCCUCGAUUCUGAAGACUUCAAGGGGUUUGUUUGCUAGCAGUGCCGCUGUGAGCGCCGAAGCCAAAUCUGCGGCACUCUCUCCACCCUCCUCUCGAAUUGGCAUGAAAGAUAACCCUUCGUUGGAAGAUGUCUUGUCUCAGUCAAACAACAGAAAUCCUGUCUAUCCAAAUCUCGAGAACAACUACAUGAGCAGUCAACAAUCUUUACAAAUGCCAGCUAGUCCUCCAAAGGCGAGUGCUCGAAAAACUCGUGCUUCGACCGAACGGGAAGAGAAGAGAAAAGAAGAUGAAGCUAGGGAAGCAAAAGAGAUGAAAGAUGCCCAAAAGAUGAAUGAUCAACUCGAGAAGGCUCGUAUGAAGGUUAGAGAAGACGCUCGAGUUUUCCACAUGGAACAAGAGCGAGUUGCAGCUAUGCAGAAGGAGAUCGCAGCCAGGAAAGAGCAGGAGAAGCAGGCAAAGGCCAGCCAGGUUGAGCUCCCACGACCUGCCACUCGAACAAGCCCUCGCAAGACUAAAGCCCAACUGGAAGCCGAAGGAAUUGCUGCUGCCGCCGCAAGCACUGACGAGCUGGCUGGUAGGGAUGUAGAGAUGACAGAAUCUCAAGCUUCUCACGCUAUGCCGCCUCCGGCUAUUCCUCGACCAAAGUCCCAGAUCGGCAGACCCGGAGUGAAGCGACCCAUGAAGCCCGCUGCAAAGGAGCCAGCCACGAAGGGCAAGCCAACUGUUAUCAGAGUUGACACUGGCUCGCAGCGAGGCCACCAUCACCACCCAUCCAAUUCCACACUCGCAGCCUCACUUCAGGAUUCACUGGCAUCUUCGCAGCAAACCGCGCCUUCUCAGAGUUUGAGACACAAGGCAAGUACCAGCUCUAUCCAAAGCAACAAGACGUCGACAAAUAGCUUUAAGUCGGCGGCUUCUAAAGCCUUGGAGGCAGCGGCGAGAAAGAAGGAACAGGAUGAGCUUGUUGCACAAAGGAAGCGUGAGGCUAAGCAAGAGGUUGAGCGACAACGAGCUGCCAUCAAGGAGGAGGAACGGCGCAAGGAAGAACAACAGCGUCGAGAAGAUGCUGAGAGGCAGCGUGAGAUCCAAAAGGAGCGUGAGAGAGCCAACGCAAUCGCCGAUGCUAAGAAGACAGCUUCACGGCAAGCGAUUGAAAAGAGAAGACUGGAAAUGGAGAAGGCAAAGGAGACCCGAGCUCCACCGCCAGCAAUCCGCCCUCAGCCCAGUGGCGACCUUGCUCGAGCUAUGGAUAAGGCCUUACCUCCGGUUCCCCAACAACGCAGUGAGCUUGGCCAAUCGAAAGCCCCUCGCGUGAACGCCGGGACUCAGCGUUCGCAAGAGGACAUGGGACGUUCCGCAAACUCAACAUUGCACAACAGCACUAAAGCUCCGCCAAAGCGACCACUCCAACAAGAUACUGAUGACUAUCAUUCUCGACCUACCCUUCAACGUAAUGGGCCAUCCUAUCACGAGCAGCAAUGCAAGCGACCCAGAAUGACUGAGGAGUUUGAUGAUGAUGACGACUUGACGGAGAACCAACCAAAGAUGAUUGCCCCUCCAAUUCGACAGUCAAGCGUCCGCCAGAAGGAUGCCCCAACUAAGUCAUUGUUCCCAAGCGGUUAUGCUAAUGCACCACCGCCAACAACACUUCAACGCUCGACGCUUAUUUCUCAGCACCAAAUGAAUCAGUCAAAGCCAGCGCAUCCUAUGGAUAUGGCUCAGGUGUCCAAGGCUCCAAUUGCAUUUGCGUCCAGUUCAAGUCAUGCCAAUUCCCAGUCUCACAAGACUCCAGCUCGUCCUGGUCAGUCACAUGCGGCUAGUAAAUCGGCAGCCAAGUCAGCAGCCAAGUCGUCGCCAAAGUACCAGAAUGGCGAGAAUAUUGAGCUUCCUGAGAUCCACACCGAUUCAGAAGAUGAAGACUCUGAUGGAGGCGGAGGGGACUUUGUCCCUUCUGCUUGGACUGAAUCACCUGCGUUGCGCGAGAGACUUAUUAACCAGGAAAAUCUCGAUCCUUCAAGUAUUUUUGGUCUGCCAGGAGCACUGAACAUGGAAGAAGUGUUCAGCAAAAGCAAGGAUCGCUUCCAUAAAUUCCGAGCCAGGACAUCAAGUGCCAACUGGUCGGGUCAAGACAGAUUGACAGAAGAUGAGAUUCGGAAGGACAUUGAGGCUCGAGAUAAAUUGAGGAGACAAGGAGGAUGGACUUAUGACUCGAUGGUUUAAGGAUAUUAUUUUGGGAAGGGGUCAUUGGUUGGUUGCUAGAGUGAUGACCGGAAUCCGGGGUAGGAUGUUGAUUUGAUACAUGGAUGUAUCCUUUGGGAGUCUGUAUAUUUUUGACAUGAGAUGAGGGAACGCAGGAUGAAUGGCCGUUGCUGGUGAUUAUCGCAAAAGUGGUGGUGUUUAUGGAGUAUGGUAUGGCAGUCUGUGAAUUGGGGCUAUUAUCAUUGGAGAUUGGAGUAAUGAAUAUGAAACGAUUCUUUGUUCCAUAAUGCUUGUCUCUGCUUGCUUUUGGUGCAUGUGCUGGAUGGCAUUCCAGCCACUUGCCGUGAAGUGCAUUAUUCGGCCAAGCUAGGUAGCGGACUCUUUGCUCCCAUCAACUUGCAGAGGAGCUCUCGUACGUGGCUGUGAAAUAGAUACUGAUUUUUAAAAUAAGUAUUUUCCUCAUACAAUGACUC